CUUUCCGAUCCGGGCCGAGCCGAGUGUAUUUUUUUUUUCAGCCUCCAAGGGGUCGCAGCGAGACCCGGAGCGACCGACGAGGAGACUUCAUCAUCAUCAUCAUCAUCCUUGACAACUCAACUCCACCGAACUUCGUACAGAAUAAAAUUUGUACCUCAACAACCAAGUUCAGUCAACUGACGAGGCUUAAAUCAAGAAUCGGUUCACCAUCGAUCUGAGGAGGACGAGGGACUGAAGACCGCAAGACUAAAAACGAACUCAAUAGUCAAAAAACAAAACAAAAGAACAACAACAAAAGAUGUUCGCUAUUCGACGAUCGAUUACCUCUCGGGCUGGCCUACCUCGUGCUGCCCAAUCAUUCCGAUUGCCCAGGAACACCCUCCCAGCUCAAACCUACGCUACCGAGGCUGCUCCUGGCUCCGGCUCAGAUGGUAAACUUCAGCUGUCCUUGGUCUUACCACACGAGACGAUUUACCAAUCCAGUGGGGUCACCCAGGUCAACAUCGCAGCCGAGUCUGGGGACAUGGGUGUCUUGGCCAACCACGUGGCCAGCAUCGAAAGCCUGAAGCCUGGCGUGGUUGAGGUAAUCGAAGGUCAAGGGGACUCUAAGAAAUGGUUUGUUUCUGGCGGCUUUGCCAAUGUCCACCCCAACAACCUCCUCACCAUCAACGCUGUUGAGGCCUACCCUCUAGACGCCUUUUCACCAGAGGCUGCUAGAUCUGCCCUUCAGGAAGCCCAACGAGCCUUGAGCACAGGUAGUGAGGUCCAAAAGGCCGAAGCAGCCAUUGAGGUAGAAGUGUUUGAAUCCUUAUUGGCCGCACUCAAGUAGUAGUAGGCUUACAUGGAUGACCAGACUCUCGGAUCACACCCACCUAGGCUACAGAAUAUACAUCAGGAUUUUCAGGUCAAAAGAGAAAGAAGAGGAAGGGGGAAAAGGAAAAGAGCGAAAAACUGAUAUUCGACUAGACUUGUGUGGGCGUAGACAGCCAGAUGAGUGUUGCAUCCAUCUAGUAGUCUAUAUACAUUUGGGAAUGAAAUCAUUUGUGUUUGUUUAUAUGCUUCUGAGUCUUCAAUCUUGUGCCUACACGCUUCGAUCAAUACACACCCACAUGUUCAUUCUAGAUCAUAUCCAUCGGAUCCCCGUUGGCCCUGGCUACUACUGCAUUUCUCGAGAGACCGUACCAGUCGGAAUCCAAUGAGGUUGAGAUGGAUCAGAUGAUUCGUGAUCAUGGACACCCACCCGCGCGACUGCUCGAUCGAUCGGACCCUCUCUCACAGCCCACGGAGCUCAUAUCCUCCUAUAGAGACUGGACAGACGGAUGAACCGUCGGUGAUGAAACGGUUUUGGCCAUCCAAACCAGCAGGGAGGGCGAAGAGUGACUCAGAUCCAAAGCCGGGCGAGAGCAAGCGGACAGGAAUAAAAAGAAGAAGAGCCAGUCAAGCGAUCGGUGCAGUGGGCGGGAUGGGUGUGUGGUGAGACAGGCUUGGGUGGUGUGCUGAUGAGUUGCAAGUGAGUAAAACUAUGGAUUUAGGAUGUAUGGAUCGAAGCCAACAGGGCCCCGGAGUGGAUUCGACGAUCUUCAACCAAACAUUACCCACACACACACACGCCUUCAGCAUUAUCAUCCCUCUAUCUCCCCUUCAACCAAGUCAUCCAUACACGGACAACAUCCACCCACGUCCAACCGCGAUUCAGAUGAAGAAGAAGAAGAAGAUCAAGAUCAAGAUCUUGGCGCUGCCUCUCCAACCGGGCUUGGUUCUACAUUCCAACAAUAUGUAACUCUAGUGAUUGGGAAGUUGGGGUGCGAUCAACUGAAACGAGAACAACGAUGGUAGGUAAGAGAAAUCAGAUGACUUGGAUCCAAGUGCAAUUGUUCAGCUAGAAAGAGAGACAGAGACGGAGAGGAUUGGAGAAAUUCGUAGGAGAAUAUAUAUAGAAGUAGAAAUAAAGGUUUAAUGAUGUAUAACACAUGAUCGAAGAUGAAUGAUAUGAUGGAUGUAAUGAUUGCUAUAAUAUAAUAUCAUCGGUGUAAGCCAAACAAGAAGCUGCUUAUUUGCAUAUCUAUGGAGUUGUACGUUUACAUAAAUCAGAGUGAUGACAAGUUUCCAGUUGAAAAACCUUGUUG